AUGGCUGACACGAUUUUUGGCAGUGGGACGGGCCAGUGGGUGUGCCCCAACGACCGGCAGCUGGCAUUGCGUGCCAAGCUCCAGACGGGCUGGUCCGUGCACACGUUCCAGACCGAGAAGCAGAGGAAGAUGCAGGCUCUGAACCCGCAGGAACUCGAGGUCAUUCUGGAAGUCAUCCGCAAGGCGGAGAAAUUGGACAUCAUCGAGCAGCAGCGCAUUGGGCGCCUGGUGGAGCGGCUGGAGAACAUGAGAAAGAACGCCAUGGGGAAUGGCCUCUCCCAGUGUCUGCUCUGCGGUGAACUGCUUGGGCUGCUGGGCAGCACGUCGGUCUUUUGUCAGGAUUGCAAAAAGAAAGUUUGCACCAAGUGUGGAAUAGAAACAUUUGGAGCCCAGAAACGUCCUCUUUGGUUGUGCAAGAUCUGCAGUGAACAGAGAGAGGUUUGGAAAAGGUCUGGUGCAUGGUUCUACAAAGGGCUGCCCAAGUACAUCAUGCCUUUGAAGAGCAGCAGCAAGUCCAGUGAGCUGCCCUCGCAGCCUUGGCAAAGCGAGCCAGCUGUGCUGGAGGCAGAGAGCAUCGGGACCAGCCGAUCCUUCACCUGGGCCAGGGGAAAAGUGGUUUCUAGUGACAGUGAGAGUGACUCGGAGUUUAGCUCCUCCAGCCUGGAUGACAAGCCUUUACCUGCAAAGCCAAAAGGCUCACAAGGCAGAAAGCACCGAGCAGGACUGGCACCCAUCAGGGAGCCCAGCCAGGCCAUGGGCAGGGUGCUGGGGAGCACCCACUCCCCCCGCAGCAGCCUGUGCAGCGAGCAGGGGGCUGCCCUCAGCGCCACGGAGAGCUGCCAGAGCGACCAGCCGGCCGAUGGGCGCGACAGUGAUGUUGGCAGCAGAGUCACUGGCAAACGGCGUGUCCACACCAGAACGCGACGCUGA